AUGGAUCAAUUUUAUGAUGAUUAUUAGCCAACUACAAAUAACAAAGACAUAAAAAUCUAUCGGAAUGGCAAUUCUAAUUUAUGUUGUACCUUAACAAUCCGAGAUAAUACUAAAUUUAAUGAAAUACGUAAAUCUUUGCAAUAAAAAUGGGACACUCAGUUUAAUAGACUAAGACUGUUUAAUUAGGAAGGAGUAGAAAUAACUGAAGACGAUUUGGAUUAUAUAAAAAACGGAACUGUGUUAUUUGCAUCCAAAGGUGAAGAAUUUGAUGAAAGCUUUUAAUUGGCAGAGUAUGAACAAUUGUAAGAUAUCGGAGAAGGAGGAUUUGGAAAGGUAGUCUUGGGAAGGCACAAACAAACAGGCGAGAAGGUGGCUAUCAAGAUGGUGAAAUAGAUGAUGACAAAUGCUUAAGAUGUUGAUAUGAUCUUCAGAGAGGCAAGGGCACUCAAAUCGUUAAAGCAUGAUAAUAUCGUAAAGAUUUACAAUGCCUUCUUCUUACAGAACUUGUAAACUGUUUAUAUCAUGGAAUAUUUGGAGGGAGGCGAAUUACUGUAGUAUUUGUAAACCAAAGGGAGAUUUGAGGAGAGUGAGGCUAGACAUUAUUUUAAAUAGUUAGUCAGUGCGAUAUCAUACUGUCAUCAGAAGAAGAUAAUUCAUAGAGAUUUAAAAUUAGAAAACUUAUUGUUGACAAGCAAAGAUUCGGGCAUAAUCAAAUGUAUUGACUUUGGUAUUUCUGGUUUUGCAUCCAACGACAAUCCAGAAAAUGCAGAUGCAGGCAGUCUGAGAUACAUGGCUCCUGAAUUGCUCAAAGGAAUGGAUAAGGCAGUCUCUCCCUUGGUGGAUGUGUGGUCAAUGGGUAUAAUAUUGUAUGGGAUGUUAUUUGGUACAUUACCAUUUGCCGGUAAUACUAACAAAGAGAUUAUCGCCUAAAUUUCAGAGGGGAGACUCAAUAUUCCUCAUGAGUACAAUAACAAGCUCUCCCAAAAUUGUUUAGAUUGUUUGUAUCGUGCCUUGGAACCAGAACCAAAGAAAAGAAUUACUUCGAUCGAACUCUUAAACCACCCUUUUGUUACUAAUGAAAAUACCUUAAGCACUGCUACUAAUAAACCUAAAAUCUAAACUCAACUGCAAUAGAUUGAUGAGGGUGACAAUUAACCUGUCUAACAACAAUCAUAAUCAGCAACGAAUAAACAACAUAAUGUUCAGUUUUCCAAAUAAUUCGCUAAAUAACAUCCAUAAUCUACGAGACAAUUAACGUAAACACAAAAGAAAACCCCUACCCCUCAAUAAUCCCCUUUAUUAUAAAAAUAACCUUAAUCAACUGGAUAAACUAUAAAGUAAACGAAAUUCAGUAAAAAGUGA